AUGAUGAAGAAGAGCGGAAAGGCUGCAGCUGGGGGGCGGAUGGCUGCAGCGCACCGCGCACGCAUGGAGGAUUUCCAGCUGCCAGGGGGCUCAUGCCACAAAAGUGACGAUUCGGCCCACUGCCGCGAUUGCUUUGAGACUUCCAUGUGCCAGCAUCCCUAUUGCGGGACCUGCAGCUUCUGCACCGGGGAGGACUUUGACCGUGACCGGGAGCUCUUGGAUUACCAGUGCAUGUGCUACAAAUGCGCCAAGGCCAUGAACCGCUGCUGCGGCUGCGGCAAGGCCUUCGGUGGUAAGCCCAACGAGGUCAGCCUCCCGCUGACCCACGCGGGACGUCGCGGCGGAGAUUUCUUACCGUCGCCUGAUGUGGAAGAUGAUGUGGAAGAUCAGCUUUGGGAGGAGCGUAUGGAAGCGGCGCUAGAGCUGGCGCAGGAGCACAGCGGCUACUCCAAGUUCCACGACAGCUAUCCGCCUCUGUUCAACGAGCUGUGGGACAGGUACGACCCACGGCAUCGGGGCCACAUCACGGCGGUUGAGGCAGAGGCCUUUGCAAAUGACAUGGUGGCCCGCGGGUGGAGCGAUUGGAAGCCUUCCAAGCGGGACACUAAGCUUUGGAAGCUUUCCUCCAGAAGCAAAGCGGCCCUGCCGCUCCCGAUGUUCGCUGGGGGUGUUGAAUCUCUCUUUCUUUGGGCCCGAUGUGUCCAUGCGAAACAUGGAGACAUGUUGCCGGGCGGACCUGGGAGCCAUGUUAACCAAAACCCGCCGGCUAGGCAGCUGGAGGAGAAGUAUGGGUCCAUCAGCCUGGAGCACUUUGCAGAGGCCAGUGAGAAUUCCGACUUCGAGGUUUGA